UUAUUCAAAUAUCUUACUGGACUUUAUCUCUUCGUUGAUUUUUACACAAUCUCCUAAACAAAAUCUAAAUUCCAUAUAGAAUCCAUUGUUAAGGAUGAACUAUUCGUUUAUGGUAUAAAAUUUCUUUUUGGGAAAAUGAACAAGUUAGUAGCAGCUGUGCUUGCAGCAGUUCUGCAGUCAUUGCUAGCAACCGCCGCUUCCGUCGACGAUCAUCGUCUCAUCUCUCGUAUUGCUUUCGGAUCAUGUGCCAAUCAAAGUGCUCCUCAGCCCAUCUGGGACGCCAUCAACAAGUUUGAUCCCCAAGUUUUCAUAUGGCUGGGUGACAACAUAUAUGGAGACAUUAGACGUCCUUUCAGCGUUUUCGGAAAGGAAAGGACGAUUGGCCCCUGGAAGAAUGCUCCCAGAUUCGUUCCUUCACAUUACUCCGAAAUGCUCUCCGGAUACAACAUGGCUAAGAACGUUCCCGGUUAUUCACGUCUCCGGGCUAAUGCUAAGGUCAUUGGUACCUGGGAUGAUCAUGAUUAUGGACUCAAUGAUGCUGGCAAAGAAUUUUCUGGCAAAACUACUAAUCAGAGACUUCUUCUCGAUUUCUUAGAUGAACCCCAAGACAGCCCCAGGCGCAAGCAGGCUGGUGUUUAUGCAUCUUAUACAUUUGGCCCUUCUGGUAAACAAGUCAAGAUUAUCCUAUUAGAUACUCGAUACCACAGAGAUCCUCUAUCUAGUGAUGGGAGCGUCUUGGGGGCUUCACAAUGGUCAUGGUUAGAGAGAGAGAUGAGAGGUCCACCUUUGACCCUUACCAUUAUUGGAUCUUCUGUCCAGGUUAUAUCAAACCUUUCUGGUACAACUGGCCCCUUGUUUUAUAUGGAGUCUUGGGGACGUUUUCCAAAGGAGAGGGAUCGCCUUUUCAAGUUGAUAAAUGAUAGUAAGAGAGAUGGAGUCUUCUUCAUAAGUGGAGAUGUUCAUUUUGGAGAGAUUACGCGAUAUGAAUGUGCUGCUGGAUAUCCCUUGUAUGACAUUACAUCAAGUGGUUUAACACAAGCUGUUGAGAAGGUGCUCCCAUCACCAUUGCAUUUCAUAGUUAGAUUUUUGGCAUGGUUUACUCCCAGUACCAUGAGAGUUAUGAACCAACAUUGCAGAUAUAGGUCAUGCACAUAUGGCCAACCAAAUUUCGGAGCAAUUCAGAUUGAUUGGGAUGCAUCUCCAGUUAACUUGAAAAUGCAAGUCCGUGAUAUAAACGGACUUCCUGUGACUGGUGUAGAUAUUUCAUUAUCAGAAUUGCAAGCAUGGAAUUCUACAAUUAAAGCAGGACAAGAACAGAAACACUGCACUCUGGAAGUGAACUUGCCAUGGAUUGUUAGAUAUCGCUUGGCUAUUCUGGUUUACUCUGUUUUAGUUUUGUUGCUUCUUGCUUUGGUAGGACUAAUUGCUGCUGUAGCAUUACUCUUCCGGGCGUGCCUUAAGAAAUGCAAGACGGAUUGACCUUUGUUCGAUAUGGAGUUCAGUAUAGAGAUCCUCAGGAACACAUUAAGAAAUGUCGUAUCUGACGCACCAGUUAAGUGUCAUGUUAAAGGUAAAGAAUAAAUAUAUUCUUAAAGUGGAUUACACAGAAUCUCAUAAAACUAGAGGCAAAUUCUCUACCCCACCAUCCGAUUCACCGGUAAGUACUUCUCAGUAUCAUUGCUGAUCAUCAGAGAAUUGUUAUUUCCUUUCAAGUGAAUAGUUAAGAUCAUCUAUAAC